AUGACAAGCGUCUCGUCUGAUCCGCUCGGCGAGAUACAGACGGGAGACAAUGCAUCAAACUAUCCCAUCCAUCCCAGCUCCGACGAGGAACCUCUGUCCUUCUCGCGAGGUUUCGAGACCUGGGGGGGCAAGGAGCUGGAAACAGAAUCGAUCAAUUAUCUUGACGAUAUGUUGGUGACUCUUUCGGAGCCAACCAACGCCGAUUCAGAAUGUACCGCCCAGGCGCCAUUCCUUUCUAGCGGAAAUCAAAACAGAAGCAAUUCUGCUAAUUAUGGCGUCUCUGACCAAGAGCCACGCAUGGACUGGGAUCACAACCUAACUAAAGAUAAUGACGCACCGCAGCAGUUUGCGUCAACGUGCAUGCCACCCACAAUGCCCCAGACUGUAUACGGCUCGACGCGACCAUCGAUGGAGAAUACCCCUCCACCGUCUCGGGGAGAGCCGGCCGGGCUGGCCUCCUCCAUGACUCUUUACGCUCUCUCAGGUAUCUAUGGCCGGAGAGCAAUGCAGUCCGAAGCAACCUGCACGUGUCUGCUGGAUGUCAUGCAUGUUCUCGAAACGCUCAUGUCGAACAGCACGACAAGCACUCAGUCAGUGCCCCGUUCAGUCGACUCGGUGCUCGCCCUCCAGAAACAUGCGGUGGAAAAAUGCUCUCUCAUGCUAGACUGCAAUCACUGCCAAUCGUCGCCCGACCGGAUACUAAUGGUGGUCCUGCUCGUGGAUAAGCUGCUUACUGAGUUCGAGUCUAUUUUGGCCGUUUUGCCUGGCCAAAACAUCUGCUCGAGGCCACUGCGACCAGGAUGUAACCCGGAGCCCGCCUUCGAUAGCUGCGCAACCACGCAUGUCCUACGAGGCGGCGGGCGCAGAUUCUUUGUGGGCGACUACGAGAUCGACUCCUGCAAUGAAUGGAGAUCCUUUGUGAAAAUGCUGGUUGAUCUCCAUGCAGCUAGACUUAGUGGGUUUAUUGUCCGCUCAAAGACGUGGGCGACAACAAGCGGUUGUGACAUCCCCUUAACCAUGUUCCUGAAGCUGGAACGUCGAUUCCAGGCAAUCUCAGAAGUACUCGUCGCACGCUUGCUAGUACGACGAAACAACAAGGACUAA